GUGCACCUUGUGUUUGGGCCCCCUGUGGUUAAGCAAAAUGGCGGCAGCAGAGGUCGCACCAUCUUCAAAGUCGAUAUUAAAGUUAGCUGUGCUCGGAGCUACAGGUCCUACUGGUAUGGAAGCUGUUAAGAAAUCUUUAGAAUUGGGUCACCAUGUAACUGCCAUCGUAAGAAGUCCAGAUAAACUAAAUAAUAUCAAAAAUGAAAAUCUUGAUGUCGUAAAAGCUAAUAUAUUUGAGCCUGAAUCCCUCGUUCCUCACCUGCAAGGCAAGGAUGCUGUGCUCUCAUAUCUGGGUGCUCAUGGAACCACCGUAUUUAAUCCUACAACUCUUUACAGUGAAUCCAUGAAAUCAAUUAUGACUGCAAUGGAAAGGUCAAAUGUAAACAGGAUUGUAACAUUGACAUCAUGGAUUACUGAGUAUCCCAAUAAUACACCCAUCAAGGUGAAGCUGGUCAGACCCAUCAUGUUACUUGGUGGAUUUAUGAAAGAUAUGAGAAGAAUGGAAAAAAUCUUAGAAGAGUCUUCAUUCAAUUAUACAAUAAUAAGACCUCCGGGACUUUCCAAUGCUUCAGCUAAGAAAAACUACAAGUUGGUGGAAGCUGCGCAAUUUGUAGAUGGAGCAGGGAUGUUUAUUCCACGCGCAGAUGUUGCUGAUGCUUCAUUGAAGGUUUUAUUGACACCUGAAUGGGACAAAAAAGCUGUUGCCAUUGGCUGUGACUAAGCACCCACUGGCUAAUGACAUAGGAAAAUAUGAUAAUAGUUAUUUAAUGUAUUAAAAAACAUGUAACCUAAGAAUAUAUUACUCCAGUCAUAAAUUAAUAAUUAUUAUACAGGAGAACAAGUUUUAGUUUUUUAACAGUACCAGUAUUCAGUUUUUCUCGCAAUAAUAUUGUAUACAUUUUAGAUUGUAAAAAUUACUCUUGAACUGAAACCAGUAUAAAUAAAGUAGUUUUUGAAUAAAUCUUUAAAUUUGAA